GUCCUAGUUCUGACGUCACGCUCGCCCUCUGCCAUUAACCCGGUUAGUGUCGGUGAAGGAUGUUGAGAUCGCUGGGCAGGAGCGGCCUGCGCUCAUUGGCUGGGAGAUCCGCUCUGCUGAGAGGAGGAGCUGGUUCUUUCCAAAGACAGCUGGGGGUCCAGGGCAUCGCAGCCAAGAGGUUUUUGUGUAGCAAACCGGAAGAGGUCCAACCCAAGGAUCCUGGUGCCUCCUUCAAGGUACCUGGACACAGGCCGUCUGGCUUUGAGAAGAAGAUCCUGAUAUGGGGAGGACGUUUCAAGAAACAGGAGGACAUUCCUGAAAUCGUUUCCUACGAUAUGGUGGAUGCAGCAAAAAGCAAGGUGCGGGUGAAAUUUGCCAUUCUCAUGAUGGUGAUGACUAUUUUUGGCUGUAUCGCCAUGGUGAUAUUGGGGAAGCAGGCGGCAGGUCGGCACGAGUCCCUGGCCAACAUUAACCUGGAGAAGAAAGCCCGGCUGCGAGAGGAAGCUCUGAAAGAGCAGGCCAAACCCUAAAGAAGCACAAACACAGAUUAUGUGUGGACCCAUCCCGCUAGCACAGAGCUCUAGAUUUUUACAUUGUGAGAUUUUAGUUAUAUAUAUAUAUAUAUAUAUAGUUACAGCCGAUGGCACCGCGUCACAUUGUAUCUGAUCUGACGUCCCGUUGGUGGGGAAGAGGAUGCCCUUUGAUAUUAUUUUAACUUCCUCCCUUCCAAAGGGGCUUGGUGUUCAGUGUUUCACCAAGAGCAACAUACAUUCAGGUUCCACGAUAUAAUAAAGUCUUCUCUUGUGAAAAGUACAUUUUGUUUCAUUCACAAAAAACUAAAUUUCUAAUAAAUAUCUUUCCUUAAUACUG